AUGAGAUGGAAUAAUUUUGAGCUUUUUGCAAAAUUUAUUUAUGACGAGAAACCUGACGCGUCGCCACAAGACAUAUUAGAUACAUACAAUCUAAACCUUAUCGAUAUCGCUACAAUCAAAAACAUCGAAUUUGAUGUCAUUCACCAUGUUCAAGAACAUAUUAAU